CUAUCGUUGUCGAUUUUGCCUCUCUCUUCCUGAGCAGACCUUGAUCUAGGCAUUCCUCUCGUUUUUCUUCGUCCUCUCGUUCUUAUUUAAUUUUUAUCAUUAUUCUUGUUAUUCAUCAUCAUCAUCAUCAUCAUCAUCACCAUGGUGUCAAGUUCUCUUGUUGGAGGUGCUGUUGCCGCCCUCUACUUUGGCAGGCUCGCCCUGGCCCAGACCACUACAAGCACCGCGGCCACAGCGACGCCGACGUGCGGGCUCGUGGGUUAUGAUGAGGGCUCUGAGCUCGCAUACUAUGGCGACUCUGCUACCGAGGUAUACUCCAGCUUCUCGGCAUGCAGCAGCCAGUGCGACAGCACCUCGGGUUGUCUGAGCUUCGCCAUUGACCCGAGCGUGGCAUGCAUCCUCUACUCGGUCGCUGCCGAGAACAAUGUCGUUGUCAGCUCCGGCAGCCCCUGGACCUUCUUUGACAAGGGCGGCGUCUGCCCCACUGUCGCAACCUCGUCAGCAUCAUCAACCUCAACGGCGCCCGCCGCUACGCCCACCUGCAGCGGCCUCGUGGGCUAUGACGCCGGCGGCACCAACAUUGGCUAUUACGCUGACGCUGCCUCGGCGACCUAUGCUGGCUGUCUCGCCCUGUGCAAUGCCAACGCGGCAUGCCUGAGCUUU